AAAUGGAAGUGUAAAGAGCCCGGAUUCUCUGUCUCUUCCGACUGAGACAAAUUCAGUUUACGCGACUGAGCAUGCUCUGUUCAGUUUUCAGGUUUUUCCGGUUUCUUGUGCAGCGGUGGAGGAAGCAAUCAAUGAAACAGCACAGAUCUCUGACAUACAGACUCAUUCACUGUGUAACUGAGCAUGGCUCCUUCUAAAGAUACGGCAGUACCCUUGUUACCACUAGGUGGUGAUAAGACUAGCAGAGUGAAUGCAUUCUUGGCCUGACAUUAAGCGUUGACCUGAACCAGAGUUGUUUGAUUUAGCAUCCUAGUUCAUACUCUCCAAUCAAAAGUAAAUAUGCGCAUAAUACUUGUUAACAAAUGUGGCGUGUAGGCCUACCACAUAUCAACAUUACUAGAUUUAUAGUUUCAAAGUUUGUAUUGCCAGGCACUGAGUUUACGGUGAAUAUUUAGAUUUAAGAUCAUACAUUAUGGAGAGGAUAAAUUCCCGCAAACGCAAUACCGCCCGGAUUUGUGGUUUUACUAGCGAAGAGAAUCCGAAAGAGGACUUCGCAGCAGAGACUUGACUGGAACCCCAUGAUGCCCGGUAUAUGCAAGCGAGGAGCGUGUGACCCGGGGCCAGAUUGUUGACUGACCCUGACCGCGGCAUCAUCGAGAGGCGUGUCCUUCUGUCCACAUCCGGACUGCAGGUCGUCAGGGCACACGGGUACAUCGCUGGCAAGAUGUACAACAGCCCGCCUUAUACUGCACUGCAAAACGCACGCUUUUAACCACCAUCAACUGCUGCAGGAGAGAUACUGCGUUUCCUGCCGUUAAGGAUAUACAAGAGCACCAAAACAGAGCCCUGUAGAGGACCCCCCAGCCAUGAUGUCCACAGAGGUCCACAGCCGUGCGGCCUUGCAGGAGGCCCGGAGCAGGAGGCAGCAGCUCCGCCGGAACUCAGUGCCCCCGGUCCGCACCCUCAGAGCCAAACACCUCCUGGCCUACCUGCCCGGACCUGCCCAACACUCACCCCACCCGUACAUGGAGAAGGCUGAAUCCAAAGUGGUUACCAAGUCCCCACCCUGUUUGUGGGGAGCCCCUGCUGCCCAUGAAAAUGGUAGUUCCCGCGAAACCUCACCUCCUCAGCCACGACCUCCGACCCCUCAGCAGCAGGAAGAGCUCUGUGAGGUCAGCGCCGGGGCGUGUCCGGGGAAGUCGCGGCGCUACCGCAAGCGGCUCAGCUCCCGGUGGCGCCUCUCUGGCGCCCCCCGUGGCGAGUGCGGACCCGGCGGGAAGGCGCCGUCCAUCUUCUCCUUCUCCAGGCCCCUCGGGGCCCACCGGGGCCGCCCGCGGGGGCAGCGGUACGUGGAGGCGCUCGUGGGCAGCGGGAGCCGCCACCUCGGCCCCGAGGGGGAGCAGCGGCAGCGCUACGUUACCAAGGACGGAAAGUGCCGGGUCAACCUGGGCGCCAUCGACGGGCGCGCCCGCUUCCUGUCCGACGUCUUCACCACCCUGGUGGACCUGCGGUGCCGCUGGUUCCUGCUGGUCUUCACCGUCUGCUACGUCGCCACCUGGGUGGCCUUCGCCCAGAUCUACUUCCUGGACGCCUGGCUGCGGGGCGACCUGGCGCACGCCGGGGACCCCGCCUGGGCGCCCUGCUACCAGAACGUGGAUGGGUUCCUCUCCGCCCUCCUCCUGUCCGUCGAGAGCCAGAUGACCAUCGGCUACGGCCACAGGAUGGUGACGGCCGGCUGCGCGGAGGGGGCGGCGCUGCUCAUGGCCCAGUCCAUCGUGGGCUCCGUCAUCGACGUGCUCAUGAUGGGCUGCAUGUUCGUCAAGAUCUCGCGGCCGCAGAAGCGGGCGCAGACGCUGGUCUUCUCCCGCCGCUGCGUGGUGUCCCAGCGCGACGGGCGCCUCUGCCUCAUGUUCCGCGUGGGCGACCUGCGGGAGAGCCACAUGGUCGACGCCAAGAUCCGCGCUCGGCUCGUCAGGUCCCGGCUCACCGAGGAGGGCGAGUUCGUCCCGCUGGAGCAGUCCGAGAUCAACCUGGGCUUCGACACGGGCGCCGACCGGCUCUUCCUGGUGGAGCCGCAGACCAUCACGCACGUCAUCGACAGGGCCAGCCCCUUCUGGGAGACCAGCGCCGAGACUCUGAAGAGGGACAGGCUGGAGGUCAUCGUCAUCCUGGAGGGCAUAGUGGAAGCAUCAGGCAUGACAUGUCAGGCCAGGACCUCGUACACAGAAAAUGAGAUCUUGUGGGGACAUCGCUUUGAGUCCUGCAUGACCAAGGAGAAGGGGGCUUUCCAGGUCGAUUACAGCACCUUCGACAAGACGUUCCCCGUCAAGACCUGGUCCCACAGCGCUAAGGAGAUGCAGGAGAGGGGAAGGAGCGAGAGGUCAGAUCUCAGCUCCUACUGGAACACUGUCUCUGACGCCCACCCAUCCGAGACUAGCGAGCAGCUCUGGACUGAGGAAAGAGCUGGAGCUAGCGCAGAUAUCCACAGCAGGGACUCUAAGGCCUGUGACGUGUAUGCCAGAGUAUGAGUGCAUGCUUAAAUAUGAAUCAUAAACACCUUCGAAAUUUCACAUCACACAUUAUUUUUCCUGAGGCUAGUUCUGUUUUAUGAAUGUUACAUUAGAUUAGUUUUUAUUAGUUUAAAUUGAUUCUUGCAUGAUACAAGCUGCUACAUAACCAGCUUAAUUACAAUUGCCGUCUUUCCCUCAUGAAUGUGUUUCUACCCAGUUGCACAUUUGAUUACUAACUAAACACUAGCUGAAAAUGUAAUGUUUUGAGGUCAUGUCUGUUGGUUUUUUCAUUGUAAAUUUGAGUGCUCAUUUUCCCUCCACCAGUAGCGGGUACCCCUGCUUAUAUUGACCACACAGACACCUCUUUUUUGCAAGUUUAAGCUUUCUGGAUCUGCAUGCUUUCUGAACCCCACCAACUGACCCAGCCAUUAUGGGCCAAUAUGUGAAAUUUAUCUGGGAUUAGUGUUCAUGGGCAUAAUGUGUCUUUACACCAAACUUUAUGCACACUGGCCUGAACUUCACAAACUCCUGUCCCAUAAAUUAAGCUGCAAUCCUCCAAAUUAGUUCUGCUUUUCCAUUUCUAAGAUUCACAGGGACAGCCACUGAGGUCAAAAACUGAAUGGUCAAUUGCUACUCAGAUAAGUGUUUGUGUGCUGGGGCGGGUGAGAACGUGGGCCGGGGGAUUUUCUCGGAUUAGCUCACAGCAGAAAGAUUUCAGGAAUGUCUCCGCACAUUUAUCCUCCCUCACCUGGACCCUCACCUGGUCCCUCUUCACCUGGGUAAUCCCCUGCCGUACAGUACACGCACUGCCAUGCUCACUCACACUGUGCGGAGGGAGAGAGACUCAUCUCCGAAUCAAAGGCUUGUCUCAGAAAGCAGACAGCUGGAGUUACCUGGCAGGCAUUGCCAUACCCAUGAUCCCCUUCUCACUGUGAGCUGUAUGGAGUCAUUUUUGUACAUAACA